AUGUCUCUCCAACUCCUUCUAAUCUUGUUAUAUUCCCUCGUUUCUCCGACCACCGCCGCAAAAUUAUCCGACUUCACCCGAACCAAACCCGGCUGUCCAGGGAGAUGUGGGGCCACCAAAGUCCCGUACCCUUUCGGCAUCGGCUCAAACUGCUCCAUCGACAUACCGGGUUUCUCCUUCUACUGCAACACCACUGCUAAACCCCACGAACUCCUCCUCCGCCUCUCUGACCUCAACCACCGCAUCGUCGACAUCACCAGAACCUCGAUCCGGAUCAAGAACCCCAUCUACACCUCCCGCUGCACGAAAGACCGCUUCGCCCCCACCAACCUCACCACCAUCAACUUCACCGGAUCCCCUUACACCAUGUCGAAUCUCAACUUCGUUACACAGGUCGGCUGCACGGAUCUUACCGUGCUCGAGGGCAGUGUCGUGUCGGGGGAGAAUUUCGUUAGCGGCUGCGUCACAUUCUGCUCCUCCACCAACUUCUCCUCGGGCACGGCUGCCAACAGCUCCUGCCCGGGGAACGCCUGCUGCCAGGUCCGGAUCCCGGAGGGGACCGUGUACCUCAACGUGUCCGUCUCCGGGGUCGCCAACAAGUGGGAGAACACCAAGGAUGUACGCUGCAGGUACUCGUUUCUCGGGGAGAUAGACAACGCCACGGUCCGCGCCGUUUCCGCGCUCUACGAGCCCGACAAGCCUCGGUGGAGCUUCAUGAAGGCGCGGAACGUCAUCCUCGACUGGAGGAUCGGGACGGGCCGCUGCAGCCGCGACGCCGUGUGCCUUAAUAACAGCAGCUGUGUCAAUGCAAGUAGUGCAAUUGGAGGAUAUCGUUGCAAAUGCCUUAAAGGGUAUAACGGUAAUCCUUACCUUGCUCCUGGCUGCCAAGAUAUUGACGAGUGCGAAAAAAAUCCAUGCCAUGUGACCGGAAUUUGCACCAAUAAGCCCGGAGGCUAUACGUGCGGAUGCCCGGCCGGCUAUCUUGGUCACGGAUGGAAAAAAACCAGUGGUUGUCUUGCCGUCACGCCGAAGCUCAGCAAAUUAUCAAUAGGUUUGAUAUCUGGGAUGAGUAUCACAACGUUGCUAUCAGCCUCAUUUCUAUUGACCAAGUUCAUGAAAAAGAGAAAAAACAGAAAACAAAGAGACAACUUCUUCAAGAAAAAUGGUGGUCUCUUACUGAAGCAACAAACUUCAGUCAACGAUGGCAUCCUCGGAAAGCUACGAGUUUUCAUGGCCAAGGAGUUGGAGAAAGCCACCGAUCGGUUCAAUGAGAGCCGGAUCCUUGGCCGGGGCGGACAAGGCACGGUCUACAAAGGAAUGUUAUCCGACGGCCAGAUAGUGGCGGUCAAGAGAUCACAACUCGUUGAGGAACACGAGUCCAUGCACGUCGUGGAGCAGUUUAUCAACGAGGUCGUGAUACUGUCACAGAUCAAUCACAGGAACGUGGUCAGAUUAUUGGGGUGUUGUCUGGAGACCGAAGUCCCUCUUCUCGUGUACGAGUACGUGCACAAUGGCACGCUUUAUCACCUCAUACACGAUGACAAGAACACCGAGUCUAUGUUCCUGUGGAACAUGCGUUUGAAAAUCGCAGCAGAUAUAGCAGGGGCAGUGGCGUACUUACAUUCGGCCACCGCACUGCCCAUCUUUCACAGGGACAUCAAGUCUACUAAUAUACUGUUGGACGAGAAAUACGCCGCCAAGGUGUCGGAUUUCGGGACAUCCAAGUCGAUCCCGGUGGACCGGACCCACCUAACUACCAAUGUGAAUGGAACCUUUGGGUACAUUGACCCAGAGUAUUUCCAGUCAAACCAGUUCACUGAAAAGAGCGAUGUUUAUAGUUUUGGCGUCGUUCUGGUCGAGCUUUUGACCGGGUUGAAGCCGAUAAUAUCUUCCCCCGGGACAGAGGAAGAGCAAAAAAGCCUAGUUUUGCGUUUCUUGCUAUCGAUGAGUGAGAACAAACUAGACUCGAUAUUAGACGAACGAAUGGGGUCGGGCGAAGGGGACAAGGAGUCAAUAGCCGCGGUAGCGAAGCUUGCGCAAAGAUGCUUGAAUUUGAAUGGUAAGAACCGGCCAUAUAUGAAAGAAGUAGCCAUGGAAUUGGAUACUCUCAGAUUUGCUCAAAUUGGAAUAACUACAAUAAAUAGAAAGCCGGCUGAAGAAUCUUCAUCAGCUAAAGAAGGAACAUUGAUUCUGUCGAUAGAUGAUCAAAACUAUGUUUGGACAAAUGGAUUUGAUUUUCCGACAAACUCGUUUCCAGAUUCUUUUCCUAUCAUGUUUGAGAAGGAACUUAAGCGAUAA